AUGGAGAGGUCGGCGAUCGCCUUAGCGUUAGCCUCGAUCGACUUCUGCAUCAGGGCGACUGACGUGGCGAGCGCCUCAAGUGAGGCCUUGAGAUCAUCCCCCAUGGUGCCGGCGCAAGAUGCAACUGACGACGUGGGUGAAGGUGGGGUGAUGGCAGCGGCGGCUGGUGGUGGGUUAGGGUUUGCGGCUGCUGGAGAUCUGUGUGAGUUCAAGCUUGCAGAGACUGUGAACCUUUCAAAUGCUGAACUGAUAGAAGACGUUGCAUCACGGACUGGUGCUGAUGCCUUGGCACGCUUGUGUGGGAAAGUAAGUGGUUCAUUCUGGCAUUACCGCAGGGAACAUUUGGAUAAGGAAGGAGAAUGUGAAUUCCUGGAAAAGCAAGUGGCUGAAGAGGUCAAGACUACAGCAAGUUAG